GUUCAGCACCGUGGAGCCCAGCGGCCUCCUGCUCUACAACGGGCGCCUGAACGAGAGGCACGACUUCCUGGCAGUGGAGAUCAUCGAGGGACAGGUCCAGCUGAAAUACUCCACAGGAGAGUCCAGCACCGUGGUGAGCCCCUACCUGCCCGGGGGCGUGAGCGACGGGCAGUGGCACACGCUGCAGCUCCGCUACUACAACAAGCCCAAGGUCAGCACCCUGGGGGUGGUGCAGGGCCCCUCCAAGAACAAGGUGGCCGUGUUGACAGUGGAUGAGUGUGACGCCUCGGUGGCCUUGCAGUUUGGUAGCGAAAUCGGGAACUACUCCUGUGCCGCAGAGGGGGUGCAGACCAGCUCGAAGAAGUCCCUGGACCUCACAGGUCCCUUGCUCCUGGGUGGGGUCCCCAACCUGCCGGAAAACUUCCCCGUCACUCACCGGGACUUUGUGGGAUGCAUGAGAGAUCUGUACAUCGACAGCAAACGCAUCGACCUGGCUUCCUACAUCGCCAACAACGGAACUGCUGCAGGCUGCCAUGCCAAGCACACGUUCUGUGACUCCAGCCCCUGCAAGAAUGGCGGCACCUGCUCUGUCAGCUGGGGGGGCCACCCCCCCAUGCACCAUGCCCACUAUUUCCAGGGCAACAGUGUCCUGACUUGGGACUUCAAGACAGACAUGAAGAUCUCGGUGCCAUGGUACCUGGGGCUGGCGUUUCGGACGCGCCAGCCAGACGGGGUGCUUCUGCAGGCCCACGCCGGCCAGUACACCCCCCUGCUCUGCCAGGACACGGUGGUUGUUGGAAAUGAGCUGCAUGGCCUGAAGGUGAAACACCUGCACGUGGGGGGAGUGCUGGGCUCUGGCGAGGUGCAGAACGGGCUGAGGGGCUGCAUACAGGCUCCAAGGGUGUGCGACUGGGUGACAGCGUCACCGAGACCGCGCUGCCCAAGCCCAGCCAUGCACUGCGCGUCGAGGCUAAAAAAAUCCAGCCCCUGCCCGGCCAACAGCGUCUGCAAGGAUGAGUGGCAGAGCUACUCCUGCGUCUGCCAGCCAGGGUACUACGGAGGGGACUGCGUGGAUGCGUGUCACCUCAACCCCUGCAAGAACAAGUCCAUGUGUCGCCGCAAGCCGGGCUCACCCCUGGGCUACGUGUGUGAAUGCGGAGGGAACUUUUUCGGGCAGUACUGUGAGCACAGGAUGGACCAGCAGUGUCCGAAGGGCUGGUGGGGGAACCCGACCUGCGGGCCCUGUAACUGUGAUGUGAACAAGGGCUUUGACCCUGACUGCAAUAAAACCAAUGGGCAGUGCCACUGCAAGCGUGCGAUGCUCCUGGCCCAGGACACUGGUGUCUGUGUUGGCUUUCGCAGCACUUCUGGUGGUGGGUACCAGCUGAUCCCAGUCAUUGCUGGUGCAGCCGUCAGACACUGUGACGAGGAGAAGGGCUGGCUGGAGCCAGAUCUCUUCAACUGCACUUCCCCUGCCUUCAAGGAGCUCUCCAUGCUGCUGGAGGGCUUGGAGAGGAAUGAGACUGAGCUCAACACCAUUGAAGCCAAGAAGCUGGCCCACCGGCUGCGGGCCGUGACAGACCACAUGGACCACUACUUUGGCAACGACGUGCACAUCACCUUCCGCCUGCUGUCCCGCCUCAUGGCCUUCGAGAGCCAGCAGCAUGGCUUUGGCCUGACAGCCACGCAGGAUGCCCACUUCAAUGAGGUGAGUCCUUCCCCCGGAUCACAGUUGCUGGCUCCUGAGACCCGGGAGCACUGGGCCAUGCUGCCACACAGCGAGCACGGCAGCGCCAGCCUCAUGGAGCAGCUGCGGGACUACUCGGGCACGCUGGCCAGCAACAUGAAACUCACCUACCUCAACCCCGUCGGCGUCGUCACCCCCAACAUCAUGCUGAGCAUCGAUCGCAUGGAGAACCACUCGCACAUCCGCCGGCGCUACCCUCGCUACCACAGCAGCCUCUUCCGGGGCCAGCCCGCCUGGGACCCCCACACCCACGUGGUGCUGCCGCUGUCGGUGCUGAGCCCCCCAAAAGCUGAAGCCAUGCCCACGCUGGCUGGGGGCGAAGGGAACUACACUGUGGAGAACUCCUCCCCGAGGCAGGCGUUGCCAGAGCCCGAACCCGCUCUCACUGUGAUCAUCCUCAUCAUGUACCGCACCCUGGGGGGGCUGCUGCCCGCACGUUACCAGGUGGAUCGCCGCAGCGUCAGGCUACCCAAGAAUCCCGUGAUGAACUCCCCCAUUGUGAGUGUGUCUGUGUUCAGCAAUCACACCUUCCUGCGGGGGCCCCUCGACACCCCUCUCGUGCUGGAAUUUCACCUGCUGGAGACAGCCAACAGGAGCAAACCUCUCUGUGUCCAGUGGAACCACUCCAACCCGACCAACCCCUCUGGCUUCUGGACAGCCAGGGACUGUGAGCUCGUGUACCGAAAUACCACACACGUCCACUGCCAGUGCUCCCAGUUUGGCACCUUUGGGGUUCUGAUGGACAGCUCGCACCGAGAGCAACUGGAAGGUGACCUGGAGACGCUGGCAAUUGUCACAUAUUCCUUGGUGUCUCUCUCCUUGGUGGCCCUGCUGCUGACCUUCUCCUUCCUGACCUGCCUCAAAGGCCUCAAGUCCAACACACGUGGCAUCCACUCCAACAUAUCAGUCACCCUCUUCUUCUCCGAGCUGCUCUUCCUCCUGGGCAUCAACCGCACCGAGAACCAGUUUCUUUGCACUGUGAUUGCCAUCCUCCUCCACUGCUUCUUCCUCUCCACCUUUGCCUGGCUCUUCGUCCAGGGCCUCCACAUCUACCGCAUGCAGACCGAAGCCCGCAAUGUCAACUUCGGGGCCAUGCGCUUCUACUACGCCAUCGGCUGGGGAGUGCCCGCCAUCAUCACCGGGCUGGCCGUUGGCCUGGAUCCUGAGGGCUACGGGAACCCUGACUUCUGCUGGAUUUCCAUUCAUGAUAAGCUGGUCUGGAGCUUUGCAGGCCCCAUUACUGUCGUCAUUGUGAUGAAUGGGGUCAUGUUCCUGCUUGUGGCCAAGAUGUCCUGUUCCCCAGGCCAAAAGGAGACCAAGAAGAAAUCGGUUUUCAUGACGUUACGGAGCUCCUUUGUUCUGCUUCUAGUUAUUAGCACUACCUGGCUCUUUGGCCUCUUGGCUGUCAACAACAGUGUCCUGGCUUUCCACUACCUCUACACUGUCCUCUGCAGCCUCCAGGGCCUGGCCGUGCUGGUCCUGUUCUGCGUGCUGAAUGAGGAGGUGCAGGAGGCCUGGAAGCUGGCCUGCCUCGGCAAGAAGGGGCAGAGUGAGGAGGCUGCGAGGAGCACGCAGGGCCCCAGCGCCUACAACAACACGGCGCUGUUUGAGGAGAGCGGGCUCAUCCGCAUCACCCUGGGGGCCUCCACCAUCUCGUCGGUGAGCAGCGUGCGCUCUGCCCGCACCCACUCCAGCCAGCGCGCGUACCUCAGAGACAACGUGACGGCACGUCAGGGCUCGGCCCUGGAUCACAGCCUGCUGGCUCACGCCGGCCCCACGGACAUCGACAUGGCCAUGUUCCACCGGGAUGCUGGGGGAGACCAGGACUCGGACUCGGACAGCGACCUGUCUCUGGAUGAAGAGCGCAGCCUCUCCAUCCCGUCCUCCGAGAGCGAGGAGAAUGUGCGCCUGCGGGGCCGCUUCCAGCGCCAGUUCAAGCGGGCGGCACACAGCGAACGCCUCCUCACCAACCCCACCAACACCGCUCCCAAAGACGUGGACGGCAACGACCUCACGUCGUACUGGCCGGCUCUGGGUGAGUGCGAGGUUCACCCCUGCUCCCUGCAGAAGUGGGGCUCCGAGAGGAAGCUGGGGUUCGACAUCAACAAGGAUGCGGCCAACAAUAACCAGCCGGACCUGGCCUUGACCAGCGGGGAUGAGAAUUCCCUCACCCAGACCCAACGGCAAAGAAAAGGGAUUUUGAAGAACCGCCUCCAGUACCCCCCAACGCUCCAAGGCUUGCCGUCCGUCGGCAGGAUGACCAACGAGCUGACGUGGUACAAGACCUCCACGCUGGGUCACAGGGCUGUCCCCGCUGCCUCCUACGGCAGGAUCUACUCCGGGGCGGGCAGUCUGUCGCAGCCAGCCAGCCGGUACUCGUCGCGGGAGCAGCUGGACCUGCUGAUGAGGAGACAGAUGUCGCGGGAGCAGCUGAGCAGACACAACUCAGGAGAGUGCCUGGAGGUUGUGCCCAGCCGUCAGGGGUCCAGGGAGGGGCUGGACACCAUCCCCAGCAGGCCCAGUCAGAGAGAUCGUGGGAGCACGCUGCCCCGGAGGCAGGGCUCCAGAGACCCCCUUGACACUGUACCCUGCAGAUUGGGGUCGAGAGAGCAGCUAGACUGUGGGCCAGUAAGAGAGGUCUCUAGAGAGUGGCUCAACACGUUGCCGAGUAGGCAAGUGUCCAGAGACCGAAUAGACAUGUUGCCAAGUCGAGAUCCUUCUCGAGAACAGUUGAAUUUGCUUUCUAGAAGACAGCCUUCAAGGGACCAGCUAGCAUCGGCUAGACAAACUUCAAGGGAGCAGCUGGACUUUCUCUCCAGAAGAUCUAAUUCCAGAGAGCCUCUGGACACAGUGCCUAGCAGGCAUCCCUCGCAGGACAACCUGGGAAGUCUCUCUAGGAGGCAGCUGUCUAGGGAAAGCCUAGAGCCGCUGUCGAGGAGACAGCCUUCUAGAGAGAACCUGGAGGCCGUUCCCAGCCGACAUCCUUCCACCGAACAGUUAGAUAUCCUUUCUUCCAUCCUUGCUUCUUUUAACUCCUCCGUCCUGUCCCCGGUGCAAUCUUCCAGCACGCCUUCGGGCCCCCAGACCACCGCCACCCCCUCUGCCGUGCAGACCUCGACGCCCUCCGCAGUGUGCCCCUCGACGCCUCGCUCUGCCACGUCCCACAGCAUUUCGGAGCUGUCGCCAGACUCAGAAAUAGCGAGAAACGAGGGCCAUUCCUGA